AUGAUGGUUUUAUUUUCAGCUGAUGAUGAAGAACAAACAUACAGAAAUUCACAUUCCAGCCAAAAAUCUGCACAAGCAACACUUUCUACUCAACAAGGAGUUGAAACAGGCAAUAAAAAAACAAUCAAAUUAGUUAACUCACUUAAGAAAAGCCUAGUGACCCGAUAUGACACGCCUCCUACACAUAGCUUUAUUCGUCGCAAAUUAGCAAUUUUAUCAUUUAAGGUAAAGAAUCCACAUUCGAUUGAAGUUGGUGAUACUUAUAUUGAUCAAACAAUUGAUCAAAAAAUACGUUUUUUAAAACAAAAUGAUAAACAAACGAAUGUUCCUCGUACAGAUGAUGUUUAUAUGGAAUGUUUAAUACGAUCGAGUUUUAAUGAAAAUGAAGCACUUAAAAUGUUACACCAUAAUCGACCAAAUUUAGUACAACCUACUGUGCAACCUGUUUCGAACCAAUCAGCUAAGGUUGCAAUAGAUAAUUCUGUGCAGCGUUUAAAACAGCAUUGGAAUUUAUUAAAUGACUAUAAGAAUGAAAAUAAUUUAGCUCAACAAUUAUUACGCGAAAAUGAUCAAUGGAGAAAUGUUCAGCAUCUCAUACCAGCUAUUCGACAACUUCGACUGAAAAACAAUGGUACAAGUACGGAUGAUGACUCUUUAUCGAAAAUGUAUCGUUUACUCUAUAGUGAAUUAUCGAAGGUAAUUGGUCGACAAGUACCUGUUAAAAUUGAAACAAUUGCAUCAGUUCUAUGCGAAUUAGACAUGGAACCUAUUGAAAAUCUUGAUAUAGCUGCCAUAAAAAAUAUUUUAUGCUCGAGCAAUGAUUCUGAAUUCUCUGAUAACUUUCGAACGAAUGCAAUUGCUUUAUUAUCAAUGGCAUGUCCACUAUGCUUCACUUCAUUUCCACGAAGUCAAAUGGAAACAAUGUUUUUAUGUGAUCAUAAAUGUUGCUCAGCUUGUGUUAAAAAUUACUAUCGGGCUACUAUAAGUAUAAUUCAAGAUUAUAAAUCAUUAAAUAAAUUAACAUGUUUUAUGGAACAGCAUGAAAUAACAAAUGACACCGAAAUGAACUUCUUUACAUAUUUAGAAGCAAAACUCAAUCAAUGGUUUCGUGAUGAACCUAAUAUUCUUCAAAUGUAUCAUGAAAAAAUAUUUUAUGCGAAACGUGGUAAAGAAAUUAAAAAAUGUGGUAAUUCACAAUGUGUCAGCUGUUUUUCUAUUGAUGACAAUGAUAAUAUUGAUUGUGUUCGUUGUCCUCAUUGUCAAUUUGCUCAAUGUAGACAAUGUUGUCGAAAAUGGCAUCCUGAUCAUACCUCAAUGUCAUGUGAUGCAUAUGCAGAAUGGUUAAUAGACAAUGAUCCUGACGAUCCCAAUGUACAAAUUUUAAAAUAUUUAAGUAAAACUGGCAUUGCAUGUCCAAAUCCGAAUUGUCAAUCGAUUUAUGAAUAUCGGGCAGGAGGCUGUGAACAUUUCACCUGUACAAAAUGUCACACAGAGUUUUGUCGCAUGUGUUCAACAUUGUUCUAUUCUCCUAAGAAAGACCCAAAAUGUCCACAAGCUAAUUGUACACUCAAGGCUACCAUUCAUGCUCAUUGUACUCCUAAUUGUUUUCGUGAAACUCGUAUUGGUGAAAUAACUGCUAUUACUAAGUUACUCAAAGAUCAUAAAAUUAAUGUAACAGAAGAACUUCACAACAAUCCAGUGUCAACUGAUAAUAUAUGCCCAGUAGAAGACUGCACAAACCCAACAUCGUCCAUCGCUGAUAAUCGAUUUUGCGAAACCUGUUAUAAACAAUUCUUGUCCUCAUUUGUUUGGCGUUAUGAAUUAGAACCUUGGGAAAUAUAUGAAGAUAAUAAUCUCCGACAAAUGCUUAUCAAAGCAUCCGUUACUAUACCAGAAAACACAACAAGACAAAAAUUACUAGAGUUGUCUCGACAAAAUUUAAAUAGAUUGUUAGGCAAACCAAAAAAACUAACAAAACAAAAAUUUUCAUAA